AUGGACUUGGAUUCGCACAAGCGCCAGCGCAAGGCCACGAGCGAGAGCAAGUCGGUUGAUUCGAACCGCAAGCUGAAGAGCGCGAAAGCGUUUGAGCGCAAGGAUGAGAGGCUGCAGUUCAUCCAUGCCGUUGACGUUGCCUCGCUCGAGCACAAGUGCGUUCCCAUCAUGGGAGCAUCCAAGGAGGAUGUGGCAAUAGAGCUCCAGUAUCCCACUCUGCAGCGCCGCGAAAAGUUCGAGCUCGUUUGGGGCAAGGAUAAGAUCGACGCCGUGGAGGCGAGCAUACGCAUAGUGCGCCUGGUUGCGGAGACGUAUCUCACCGACGCCGAAGCAGAGCCCUUUACCAACCAGAACAACGGAUUCAUUCGGCGACUCGAAAAGGCCUCGAAUCGCAACAUCCAAGAUCUGAUGGGCUUCAAGGCCGCACUACGCGAGUACAAUGAGACGCUCCUCGCCUUGGUCGAGGAUGGCGUCGUCUCGAAGAAUCUCGACAACCUGCACGAACUGCCGCCGCACCUCGCUGCUUUCAUUCUCGACCAAAUCUAUGAUCGUACAGUGGCUCCCAAGGUGGAACUACUCUCAAAGUACGAGAACGGAACGGACUAUGUCUAUGGCGAGCUUCUCCAUCCCUUUAUCACCAAGCUCCUCGUCGACCAGACCAAGAUGACAUCGGACCAAGUGUUUGUCGAUUUGGGCUCGGGCGUGGGCAACGUUGUUCUGCAGGCGGCUCUCGAAAUCGGAUGCGAGAGCUGGGGCUGUGAGAUGAUGGAGAACGCCUGCAACCUGGCAGAGGCUCAAGAGAAGGAGUUUCACGCCCGGUGCCUGCUUUGGGGUCUGGAACCCGGCGAGGUGCACCUUGAACGCGGCGACUUCCGCAAGAACUCUUCGAUUCACGACGCCCUGAAGCGGGCCGAUGUUGUGCUUGUCAACAACAAGGCCUUUACUGCGCAGCUUAACGACGACUUGAUUCGCAUGUUCCUUGAUCUCAAGUCGGGAUGCAAGAUCAUCUCGCUCAAAUCUUUUGUGGCUGACUCCAAGAGUAGCCACAACAUCAACGACGUCGGAAGCACCAUCCUCGAGGUCGAGGAGUGCACGUACCCCGAGGGCUACGUCAGCUGGACCAAUGCCGGCGGGCAGUACUAUAUCUCCACGCGGAAAUAG